GUCGUGGGGUCUGCUGGGAGCUUGGAGCGCGGGCCGGAGUACCGAGCGAGUAGACAUGUCGGCGUCGGUAGUGUCGGUUAUCUCGCGGUUUUUAGAAGAGUACUUGAGCUCCACUCCUCAGCGUCUGAAGUUGCUGGACGCGUACCUCCUGUAUAUACUGCUGACCGGGGCGCUGCAGUUCGGUUAUUGUCUCCUCGUGGGGACCUUCCCCUUCAACUCUUUUCUCUCGGGCUUCAUCUCUUGUGUGGGAAGCUUCAUCCUAGCGGUUUGCCUGAGAAUACAGAUCAACCCACAGAACAAAGCGGAUUUCCAAGGCAUCUCCCCAGAGCGAGCCUUUGCUGAUUUUCUCUUUGCCAGCACCAUCCUGCACCUUGUUGUCAUGAACUUCGUUGGCUGAAUCAUUCCCAUUUACUUACUUCAGGAGUUGGAGACUAGAAGAAUGUUCACUUUUUGAUUUCCCCUGGAGAAGAGCUCUUGAGAUGGCAGCUUGUUGGACACAUGGAUUUUCUUCAGAUUUAUAGUUACUACCGCCUCUGAUUUGGUGUGCAGGUGGAGAGCCCAGAGAGGAUCCCUGGCUUGUAUGUCAGAACAGCUUUGUAAUGAGCAUUUGUUAACACGACCUCUGCCUUGCAUUAAGUGUAAUCUUUUUGCCUUCCAAAUUAAAAAGCUCCAUGCCACUCCUU